GUGUCCCCCACACCCCUGCCUGCUCCCAGGGACACCUGGGGACACCCUCAGUCCCUGGCACUCCAGUGCCAUGCCCACACCGCCGGUGCCACACGCCUGGGGCUGGCGGUGGGUGGCAGAGGGACCCGCAGUACCGACCCUCCCCCAGCUGUGCCCGCAGCCCCCCGGCAGCCCCAGGGGGCCCCCGCGGGUGACACCACCCAGCCGUACUACGCCGUGGUGAAGAAGCUGUGCACCUACUCGGGCGCCCAGCGCUACUGCCAGGACGUGUACCGGGGCCGGCUGGCCUCUGUGCACAGCGCUGCCCGCAACCAGGAGCUGCAGAAACUGGCACAAACCUACCACAUCAUCAUCUCACCCUGGAUUGGAGCUGUCACCAGCCGCAGGGCAGGGCAGUGGGAGUCCUACUGGGAGGACUCCAGCCCCUGGAACUACGCAAACUGGGCACCCACCCACCCCUUCCACAUCGUCACCACCUGCACCACCCUCAGCGUC